CUAGCCUUUUGGCACUUUUCCUUUUUCAUUGUAAUGUAUGCUUUUUGUUGUUGUUUGCACAUGUUGUGCAGCCAUUUUAUAGAUAAUAAUUAAACUAACACUUGUGUUUGAAUCUUAUAGACAAAAAGGAUGCCAAUCAGAGCCUUCUGGACAACUGAGAAUCACAAGCAGCAUUAAGAAAGAAAGCAAACCAAGCCAGCAAUCUUUUCCACUUUCUCCAGAGAACCCCAGAAGACUUCUUCCCUAGCAAGUGACAGACAAGGGAGAGAAAAAUAGGUAGAGAGUUUUGUGCUGGAAAAAAUUGAGUAGGUGAAACUCAAAUAUUCCAUGAAAAGAUCAAGGGGGAUAAUUUCCAAAUUCAGACAAGGAGAGAGAUACCUGGAAGUCAGUGGGGAGGAAGAGGUCACUUGGAUAGCCACGUAGGGCAGAAAGUAACACAAUCCUCAUCCUGUGAGGAAGGAAAGAGUUGCUUGAAUCAAAGCAGCACCAGACAACAGAUCAGAAAUAGUUUUGAUCUCCUCGAGAAUCCAAGAAUAUCAGUGGUGGAAAAGCCCCACAGAGGUGUAAAUUUUGGGAAAAGCACAGAUCAGAGAUCACAGCUGAUUAUGCAAGAGAGGGACCACACUGGCGAGGAGGCCUACCAGUGUCCCCGAAGCAGCAAAAGCUUUAGCAAGCAUGCCACUCUUGUGAAUCAUAAUAGGACUCACACCAGGGAGAAGCGGCAUGAGUGUCCGGAUUGUGGGAAAAGUUUCAGUCAGAAUUCUGACCUGGUGAUACACCAGAGGAUACACACAGGAGAAAAACCGUAUGAGUGUGUGGAUUGUGGGAAAAGUUUCAGUCAGAAUUCCCACCUUGUGAAACACCAGAGGAUUCACACAGGAGAGAAACCGUAUGAGUGUCGUGAUUGUGGGAAAAGUUUCAGUUGGAAGUACAGCCUGGUGUUACACCAGAGAACUCACACUGGAGGGAAACAGUAUGAGUGUCUGGACUGUGGGAAAAGUUUCAGUUGGAAGUACAACCUGGUGAGACACCAGAGGACUCACACAGGAGGGAAACUGUAUGAGUGUCCAGAUUGUGGGAAACGUUUAAGUCGGAAAUCUGAAAUGGUGAACCACCAGAGGACUCACACAGGAGAGAAACCGUUUGUGUGUCUGGAUUGUGGGAAAAGUUUCCGUGUGAAGUCCAACCUGGUGAGACACCAGAGGACUCACACAAAAGUGAAACCAUAUGAGUGUCCGGAUUGUGGGAAAGAUUUCAGUCGCAAUUACCAUCUGGUGAUGCACCAGAGUACUCACACAGGAGAGAAACCAUAUCAGUGUCCAGAUUGUGGGAAAGAUUUCAUUUGGAAGUCCGACUUGGUGAACCACCAGAGGACUCACACAGGAGAGAAACCGUAUGAGUGUCCGGAUUGUGGGAAAAGUUUCAGUCGUAAAUCCGAAAUGGUGAAACACCAGGGGACUCACACAGGAGAGAAACCGUAUAAGUGUCCAGAAUGUGGGAAGAGUUUCAGUUGGAAUUCUAACCUAGUGAGACACCAGAGGACUCACACAGGAGAGAAACCAUAUGAGUGUCCGGAAUGUGGGAAAACUUUCAGUGUGAAUUCCCACCUGGUGAUACACCAGAGGACUCACACAGGAGUGAAACCGUAUGAGUGUCUGGAUUGUGGGAAAAGUUUCAACUGGAAAUCCGAAAUGGUGAAACACCAGGGGACUCACACAGGAGAGAAACCGUAUGAGUAUCCGGAUUGUGGGAAAAGUUUCCGUGUGAAUUCCCACCUGCUGAAACACCACAGGACUCACACAGGGGAGAAACCGUAUGAGUGUCCGGAUUGUGGGGAAGGUUUCAUUUCGAAUUCCAGACUGGUGAAACACCAGAGGACCCACACAGGAGAGAAACCGUAUCAGUGUCUUGAUUGCGGGAAAAGUUUCAGUCGGAAAUCCAGCCUGGUGAUGCACCAGAGGACUCACACAGGAGAGAAACCGUAUGAGUGUCCGGAUUGUGGGAAAAGUUUCAGUACUAGGUCUAUCCUUAUAAAUCAUGUAGGUUUACACACAGGGGAGAAACCAUUCAAAUGCCCAGACUGCGGACAGUGCUUUAGUCAAAGUGCCUCCCUUAGCAGACACAAGAAAAUGCACAUGAGGCAGAAGGUGCUGAGUGUAGAGAAGAUCACUUUGCAUAUGAUCCCUUUGCAGCAGGACACUCACCAGCCAGGACCAGGCAGCGGAAACCAAAUCAAGGCAGCAAUCAGAAUUUUUCCACUUCCUCCACAGAACCCCAAAACGCUUCUUCCCCAGCAGGUGACAGGCGAGGGAGAGAAAAACAGGAAGAGAGUUUUGAGCUGGAAAAAAAUGAGUAUGUAUGUGGAACUCAAGGAAACAUUACCUGAAAAGCUCAAGGGGGACAAUUUCCAAAUUCAGAAAGAGAGAGAAAUCUGUGGGAUAAGCAGAGACUGUAGAUCACGGCUGAUUAUUCACAAGAGGAUCCACGCCAGAGAAAAGCCAUACAAAUGUUCCGAAUGUGGCAAAAGCUUUAGUUGGAACAGGUCCCUGGUGAUACACCAGAGGAUUCACACAGGAGAGAAACUGUAUGAGUGUCCAGAUUGUGGGAAACGUUUCAGUCAGAAUUCCCACCUGCGGAUCCACCAGAGGACUCACACAGGAGAGAAACCGUAUGAGUGUCCAGAUUGUGGGAAAAGUUUCAGUCAGAAUUCCGAUCUGGUGAUACACCAUAGGACUCACACAGGACAGAAACCAUACAAAUGUCUGGACUGUGGGAAAAGUUUCAUUCGUAAAUCCAACCUCGUGAUACACCGGAGGACACACACAGGAGAGAAACCAUAUGAGUGUCCGGAUUGUGGGAAAACUUUCAGUCAAAAUACCGAUCUGGUGAUACACCAUAGGACUCACACAGGAGAGAAACCGUAUCAGUGUCCGGAUUGUGGGAAAACUUUCAGGCGGAAUUUCUGCCUGGUGAUACACCAGAGGACUCACACAGGAGAGAAACCGUAUGAGUGUCCAGAUUGUGGGAAAAGUUUCAGUCAGAAUUCCGAUCUGGUGAUACACCAUAGGACUCACACAGGACAGAAACCAUACAAAUGUCUGGACUGUGGGAAAAGUUUCAUUCGUAAAUCCAACCUCGUGAUACACCGGAGGACACACACAGGAGAGAAACCAUAUGAGUGUCCGGAUUGUGGGAAAACUUUCAGUCAAAAUACCGAUCUGGUGAUACACCAUAGGACUCACACAGGAGAGAAACCGUAUCAGUGUCCGGAUUGUGGGAAAACUUUCAGGCGGAAUUUCUGCCUGGUGAUACACCAGAGGACUCACACAGGAGAGAAACCGUAUCAGUGUCCAGAUUGUGGGAAAAGUUUCAGUCGGAAUUCCCACCUGGUGAAACACCAUAGGACUCACACAGGAGAGAAACCGUAUCAGUGUCCAGAUUGUGGGAAAGGUUUCAGUCAGAAUUCCCACCUGGUGAAACACCAUAGGACUCACACAGGAGAGAAACCAUAUGAGUGUCCGGAUUGUGGGAAAAGUUUCAGUCGGAAUUCCCACCUGGUGAACCACCAGAGGACUCACACAGGAGAGAAACCGUAUCAGUGUCCAGAUUGUGGGAAAAGUUUCAGUCGGAAUUCCCACCUGGUGAAACACCAUAGGACUCACACAGGAGAGAAACCAUAUGCGUGUCCGGAUUGUGGGAAAAGUUUCAGUCGGAAUUCCCACCUGGUGAACCACCAGAGGAUUCACACAGGAGAGAAACCAUAUGAGUGUCCGGAUUGUGGGAAAAGUUUCAGUCAGAAUUCCGAUCUGGUGAUACACCAUAGGACUCACACAGGAGAGAAACCGUAUCAGUGUCCGGAUUGUGGGAAAAUUUUCAGUCGGAAAUCCAGCCUGGUGAUGCACCAGAGGACUCAAACAGGAGAGAAACCGUAUGAGUGUCCGGAUUGUGGGAAAAGUUUCAGUACUAGGUCUAUCCUUAUAAAUCAUGUAGGUUUACACACAGGGGAGAAACCAUUCAAAUGCCCAGACUGCGGACAGUGCUUUAGUCAAAGUGCCUCCUUUAGCAGACACAAGAAAAUGCACAUGAGGCAGAAGGUGCUGAGUGUAGUGAAGGGUGUUGCAUGGAAUUCCCUCCGCUCGAUUGGAGAUGUGACAUGGAACAUUGUGGUGGAGUCCUACGGUCCCCGGGCCGAAUGUCGUUUCACCUUUGGGGCCACUGGAUUCUACCGGUGGAAAAGGGGCAUCAGCUUGUUUUUAGGGUGCAGCCCCAUUUUAAAGAUGGAAACCCUGAAAACGGGAGAAGGAAGCCAGGAGAGCGACCGUCCUACGCGGAAGAAGGGACUCUCGGCAUGUUCUGGGGAGAACCGAGUUAGUCUGUGGCAGCCCCAGAGCCGAAGAUGGCUCUCUGGUCUCCUUGAAAUCCCUCCUCCGAGCCCCCCACUUCCCCCCUCCAGCACCCAGCAGGAGGCUGCCUGGUGUUUUCCAGAAGGUUUCCCACGUUCCCUUGUUGCUGCCAGGGAUGAUGAGCGGCUAAAAGGUCUGGAGGGUCAGAAGAGGAGGAUUUUUGGUUCAGAGGGCAGGAUUUUCCCAGGUAUUGACGUCAAGCGGAUUGGAGCCCUCAGGGAUCUCAUUCAGUGGUUCCGAAGUUACAUCCGCCAGCUCCUUCAGCACCCUGGGAUGCAAACCGUCCGGCCCAGGAGACUGGAACCCGGAAACCAAAUCAAGGCAGCAAUCAAAAUUUUUCCACUUCCUCCACAGAACCCCAAAACGCUUCUUCCCCAGCAGGUGACAGGCGAGGGAGAGAAAAACAGGAAGAGAGUUUUGAGCUGGAAAAAAAUGAGUAUGUAUGUGGAACUCAAGGAAACAUUACCUGAAAAGCUCAAGGGGGACAAUUUCCAAAUUCAGAAAGAGAGAGAAAUCUGUGGGAUAAGCAGAGACUGUAGAUCACGGCUGAUUAUUCACAAGAGGAUCCACGCCAGAGAAAAGCCAUACAAAUGUUCCGAAUGUGGCAAAAGCUUUAGUUGGAACAGGUCCCUGGUGAUACACCAGAGGAUUCACACAGGAGAGAAACUGUAUGAGUGUCCAGAUUGUGGGAAACGUUUCAGUCAGAAUUCCCACCUGCGGAUCCACCAGAGGACUCACACAGGAGAGAAACCGUAUGAGUGUCCAGAUUGUGGGAAAAGUUUCAGUCAGAAUUCCGAUCUGGUGAUACACCAUAGGACUCACACAGGAGAGAAACCAUAUGAGUGUCUGGACUGUGGGAAAAGUUUCAUUCGUAAAUCCAACCUCGUGAUACACCGGAGGACACACACAGGGGAGAAACCAUAUGAGUGUCCGGAUUGCGGGAAAACUUUCAGUCAAAAUACCGAUCUGGUGAUACACCAUAGGACUCACACAGGAGAGAAACCGUAUCAGUGUCCGGAUUGUGGGAAAACUUUCAGGCGGAAUUUCUGCCUGGUGAUACACCAGAGGACUCACACAGGAGAGAAACCGUAUGAGUGUCCAGAUUGUGGCAAAGGGUUCAGUCUGAAUUCCCACCUGGUGAAACACCAUAGGACUCACACAGGAGAGAAACCAUAUGCGUGUCCGGAUUGUGGGAAAUGUUUCAGUCAGAAUUCCCACCUGGUGAACCACCAGAGGACUCACACAGGAGAGAAACCGUAUCAGUGUCCAGAUUGUGGGAAACGUUUCAGUCAGAAUUCCCACCUGGUGAAACACCGUAGGAUUCACACAGGAGAGAAACCAUAUGCGUGUCCGGAUUGUGGGAAAAGGUUCAGUCGGAAUUCCCACCUGGUGAAACACCAGAGGAUUCACACAGGAGAGAAACCAUAUGAGUGUCCGGAUUGUGGGAAAAGUUUCAGUCAGAAUUCCGAUCUGGUGAUACACCAGAGGACUCACACAGGAGAGAAACCGUAUCAGUGUCUUGAUUGUGGGAAAAGUUUCAGUCGGAAAUCCAGCCUGGUGAUGCACCAGAGGACUCAAACAGGAGAGAAACCGUAUGAGUGUCCGGAUUGUGGGAAAAGUUUCAGUACUAGGUCUAUCCUUAUAAAUCAUGUAGGUUUACACACAGGGGAGAAACCAUUCAAAUGCCCAGACUGCGGACAGUGCUUUAGUCAAAGUGCCUCCUUUAGCAGACACAAGAAAAUGCACAUGAGGCAGAAGGUGCUGAGUGUAGUGAAGGCUUGAAUUUAAUUUCUCAUCUCCCAUUGGACAUCCAUCUGAAAAGUUAAGUAUUUAAUUUCUGGCCUUAUUCUUUUUAGUUAAACAUGUUUCAGUAUUAGAGGUGAGGGAGGAGAGAAAAUCAUGGAAAAUGUUAGUUUGAGAAAGGCUAACUACAGUGUCUGGCUAUCAGCAGAAGUUCCCAGUAAGCUGCUGCAGGUCCUGAAUAUAAAUGAAAAAAGGAUAGAAGCACUCAGAUUUUAUGGGAGAAGAUAUUAUGGAAGUUUAUGGCAGUGACAAAAGCCCUGUAAAGUUUCAGAUGGAAAGGCUGUUCUGCCUUGCAGUUGAACAUGAUGGGUGAGAGCUGCUGGAGUAUUGAGGUUAGGAGAAUAGGCGUUGUGGUUUUUAAGUGUAGGAUGUUCAGGUUUAGGAACAGCCCCUGCUGUGCCCUUGUUUGUGUUGGAGUUUGUGCAGAGCGCUGUAAAGCGUUUGGCCCGAGAGAUCAGAAGGAAGACGCCAGGCAUUUCAGCAAAAGUAAUUGUAUUUAAGCAAAGCAUAGAACACUAAACAGUUUCCUCAUCCAGAGUCCUGGAAGGGCUCAAAAAGCUUCUUAAAUACAAUAGAGCAUAUUUACAAAUACACACACACAUCCAAAUAUGCUGAGCAGAAAAGAGAGGCUGCAAACCAGGAGAAGAGCAAGGGCUGGCUCUGGCAGAGCUUGCUUAUUUAAAUGCAAAAUUAAGCAAGGAACUGGUUUCAAGUGAUGGCUGUCCACAUAAGGUCAUUCUUUUCCACACCCCAAUCUGGGAACAAUUAAGCCUGACCUAUUCACCCUGCCAACACUUAAGAAAACGAUUUGUUACCAUGGAUAUCUGGCAUUUCUCUGGCAGAAAACAAAUACCGACACUCCCCUUUUUUAUGCUAAGGAAUGAGCUGCAGACUAAUUCUAGUAAUUCCCUGUGUCUUGGUGCAGCAAGAGGCUUCAUUAAAACAUCAGCAAUCAUGUCUCUUGAUUCACAAUAUUCUUACAUGAUUUCACCUUUCAUUAUCAGAUCUUUAAUAUAUUGGUACCUGAUAUCUAUAUAUUUUGUUCUAUUCCUCCAGCCUUCAGAUUUUGAAACUUCCUGGGUGGAAGCAAGAGGCUCUUUUGGCCUCAGGCUCAAGCUCCAGGUGUCUUCAAAUUUAAAGAUCUGCAAAGUUGUUAAACUUUAAAAGAUUCAAAUUAUAUUUAAUUCUCCUUCCUCUCUCUUGCUCUUUUUUGGUGCCUUUUUUUUGUGCACACCUGUUAUGACGUCCCAUUUUGUUAUGGGCAGGAGCUGCAAACGCUUGCUUCCCUAAGGAUUUAUUUUGCAAAGUUGCCAUUUGGGGGGCAUCGCCCACUCUAGGGCUCCAUCCUCUUGGAUAUGGAUGGUGUCCGUGCAUUUAUACAAAGAUCCAUCCUGCAGUCGGGACUUUUCUCUUAGAAGAUACAGAUAGAGAAGCCCUGCUCAGGACCGCCAGUCUCUUGCUCUCGUCCCGUUCUUGAAUUUCUCCCCAUAUUUCAUUGUUGGUUCUGCAGUGUUAACUGAAGAUGUAUGAAUUCUAUUCAAAAUAUACUCUUGAUUUUAUGAUGUGUUCCCUUCUUGUGAUUAAACAAACAAAAAGCUUC